AGUGCGUGAGCGGCCGCGGGCUACGCAAGUUCCGCACGGGCUCUCCUAUCCUCGCCUGGAUCCCUUUCUCGCUCUCGCCUGGUGCGGGGCGGUCUCCCGACGGCAGCUCUUCCGGCACAGAGCGCGGAGUGCGGUUCUGAGGGGAGCCGCAUCGCCUCCGCCUCGGGGCUCCCUUGCCGCCUCCUCGCGCGGGUGGCGGGUGCCGUUCUCGCCCGAAGCUCUGCCCCCAGCUCCAUGAAUGGAAAUCGGCUCUGCAGGACCUGUUGGGGCCCAGCCCCUACUCAUGGUGCCCAGAAGACCUGGCUAUGGCACCAUGGGCAAACCCAUUAAACUGCUGGCUAACUGUUUUCAAGUUGAAAUCCCAAAGAUUGAUGUCUACCUCUAUGAGGUAGACAUUAAACCAGACAAGUGUCCUAGGAGAGUGAACAGGGAGGUUGUUGACUCAAUGGUUCAGCAUUUUAAAGUAACUAUCUUUGGAGACCGUAGACCAGUAUAUGAUGGAAAAAGAAGCCUUUAUACAGCUAAUCCACUUCCUGUGGCAACUACUGGGGUAGAUUUAGAUGUUACAUUACCUGGGGAAGGUGGAAAAGAUCGACCUUUCAAGGUGUCAAUCAAAUUUGUCUCUCGGGUGAGUUGGCACCUACUGCAUGAAGUACUGACAGGACGGACCUUGCCUGAGCCACUGGAAUUAGACAAGCCAAUCAGCACUAACCCUGUCCAUGCCGUUGAUGUGGUGCUACGACAUCUGCCUUCCAUGAAAUACACACCUGUGGGGCGUUCCUUUUUCUCAGCUCCAGAAGGAUAUGACCACCCUCUGGGAGGGGGCAGGGAAGUAUGGUUUGGAUUCCAUCAAUCUGUUCGACCUGCCAUGUGGAAAAUGAUGCUUAAUAUCGAUGUUUCUGCCACUGCCUUCUACAAAGCACAACCUGUAAUUCAGUUCAUGUGUGAAGUUCUUGACAUUCAUAAUAUUGAUGAGCAACCAAGACCUCUGACUGACUCGCAUCGGGUAAAAUUCACCAAAGAGAUAAAAGGUCUAAAAGUUGAAGUGACUCAUUGUGGAACAAUGAGACGAAAAUACCGUGUUUGUAAUGUAACAAGAAGGCCUGCCAGUCAUCAAACCUUUCCUUUACAGUUAGAAAAUGGCCAAACUGUGGAGAGAACAGUAGCACAGUAUUUCAGAGAAAAGUAUACUCUUCAGCUGAAGUACCCACACCUUCCCUGUCUGCAAGUGGGGCAGGAGCAGAAACAUACCUACCUGCCACUAGAAGUCUGUAAUAUUGUGGCAGGGCAACGAUGUAUCAAAAAGCUAACAGACAAUCAGACUUCUACUAUGAUCAAGGCAACAGCAAGAUCUGCACCAGAUAGACAAGAGGAAAUCAGCAGAUUGGUAAGAAGUGCAAAUUAUGAAACAGAUCCAUUUGUUCAGGAGUUUCAAUUUAAAGUUCGGGAUGAAAUGGCACAUGUAACCGGACGUGUACUUCCAGCACCUAUGCUCCAGUAUGGAGGACGGAACCGGACAGUAGCAACACCAAGCCAUGGAGUAUGGGACAUGCGUGGAAAACAGUUCCACACAGGAGUUGAAAUCAAAAUGUGGGCCAUAGCUUGUUUUGCCACACAGAGGCAGUGCAGAGAAGAAAUAUUAAAGGGUUUCACAGACCAGCUGCGUAAGAUUUCCAAGGAUGCCGGGAUGCCAAUCCAGGGCCAGCCGUGUUUCUGCAAAUAUGCCCAGGGGGCAGAUAGCGUAGAACCCAUGUUCCGGCAUCUCAAGAAUACAUAUUCUGGGCUACAGCUCAUUAUUGUCAUCCUGCCAGGGAAAACGCCAGUAUAUGCAGAGGUAAAACGUGUAGGAGAUACACUUUUGGGUAUGGCUACCCAGUGUGUUCAAGUCAAGAAUGUAAUAAAAACAUCUCCUCAAACUCUCUCAAACUUGUGCCUAAAGAUAAAUGUUAAACUUGGAGGGAUCAAUAAUAUUCUUGUACCUCAUCAAAGACCUUCUGUGUUCCAGCAACCAGUGAUAUUUUUGGGAGCAGAUGUCACUCAUCCUCCUGCUGGUGAUGGAAAGAAGCCUUCUAUCGCUGCUGUUGUAGGUAGUAUGGAUGCUCACCCAAGCAGAUACUGUGCCACAGUCAGAGUUCAGAGACCUCGACAAGAGAUCAUACAGGACUUGGCCUCCAUGGUCCGGGAACUUCUCAUUCAAUUUUAUAAGUCAACUCGGUUCAAACCUACUCGUAUCAUCUUUUAUCGGGACGGUGUUUCAGAGGGACAGUUCAGACAGGUAUUAUAUUAUGAACUGCUAGCAAUUCGAGAAGCCUGCAUCAGUUUGGAGAAAGACUAUCAACCUGGAAUAACCUACAUUGUGGUUCAGAAGAGGCAUCACACUCGAUUAUUUUGUGCUGAUAGAACAGAAAGGGUUGGAAGAAGUGGCAAUAUACCAGCUGGAACAACAGUUGAUACGGACAUUACGCACCCAUAUGAGUUUGAUUUUUACCUUUGUAGCCAUGCUGGAAUACAGGGUACCAGCCGUCCUUCACACUAUCAUGUUUUAUGGGAUGAUAACUGCUUUACUGCAGAUGAACUCCAACUGCUCACUUACCAGCUCUGCCACACUUACGUACGCUGUACACGAUCUGUUUCUAUACCUGCACCAGCAUAUUAUGCUCAUCUUGUGGCAUUCAGAGCCAGAUACCAUCUCGUGGACAAAGAACAUGACAGUGCUGAAGGAAGCCACGUUUCAGGACAGAGCAAUGGGCGAGAUCCACAAGCUCUUGCUAAGGCUGUACAGAUUCACCAAGAUACCUUACGCACAAUGUACUUUGCUUAACAAGUCCAAGUGUGUUCUCUAAGAGGAAGAACUGAAAGAUGAAUCAACAUACAACGUAUGUUUCCAGUAGUCAGCUGAGCAGACACGCCUCCAGCCAUACAGAAGCCAACACUGUGUGGGAGCCUGGUCCUUAGGUUGACACAGGAAGAUUGUUUACUUCAUCGAGAAAUGCAGCACCAUUAUGCAAUAUGAAACCAGCCAGCUGCUUUUUGUGCGGUCUCCUAUAGGAAGUAUCGCAGUUGUUUUGUUUUCUCUUCUUAUAGUCUAACCCUUUUAAUGCCUUUACCUCAAGUUGCUUGGCAGCACAACUAUCUUUGCAAAAAAAGUAAAGCAAAAGUAAAUGAUGGUUUAAAAAACACACGCCUACACAAAAAAUCAAAAUGAUUGUUCACAAUUAUGUGUGCAAAAAAUUAAUGUGCAUUCAUAUAUUCUUGUAAAAGGAGUCUGUAUUUUUAAAUAUAUACAUGCAUACUUCAUAUGCACAUAUAUCUGAAUCUAAAUUGAUAAUAGAUAUAUAUGCAUCUAUGUAUAUAUUUUAUGGUUCAUUCCAUUGGGAAAUUUUCUUUCUCUUUUUUCUCUGCUCACUACCACCUUUAUUUCUCUUUUCCUCCCCUGCCUUCAUCAUCUACAUUUUAUUUCUAAUGCUACCAGUGACAUUCAAAUAUUCAUAUAUGUGACUCAUUUGAAUGUGAAGCAUGGCAAACUAGAUUUCUGUUUUUAUUUUGCACACCUUGCUUUUGUCUGCUAUUUCAUACACAAUUCUGAGUCCUCUUGGUACUGCUUUUUUAUGUGUUCCUCCUGCUCUGAACUUAUAUUUGCCAUUUGUGCAAUGUGUACAUAAACAGUAGCAACCUAAACUAUUCUUUUUCUUUAGUGAGUCUGUUGAAGCUGCUAUAAAUAUAAAACCUUGUCAGAAGUUCUAACCCUUUCUGUCUGAUAUAUGAUAUGUAUUCUAAAUCCUUCUGUUUCUAUAAGUUAUACAUAAGGUAAAUAUUUUAAAAGAUUAGAAUGCUGUAGUGUUGAGGCCUCUGAAAUUGGGCGGGGAGAGAGAAAGGCUUAUGGGGGGAUUGGUUUUUGCUAGUUUACUUGCUGCCUCUCAUACUUUAAUGUGAUUUUCAUAUAUAUAUUUUUAUAUAUAUGUAUGUGUGUAUAUAUAAACAUAUAUGUAUGUGUUUUGAAAUAAAUAGCUUCCUUUUCUUUUAUAUUUAUUAGAAUAGUGCUUUAAUAAUUAUAGAAUUGUAUUGGCAACAUAUUUUAUAGAAAUAUAAUCAUGUUUAUUUUAAGAACUUACAACUUGUUUUUGCUAUUUUUUAGUGCAAUAAGCAGUUUUAAAGGAAAGUGUCUGUUUGACACCAUUACAACAGAUAGUAGGAGAAAUAGGCACCUCCACUGUUUUAAAAUGGCAAAGUAAUACAGCCUUAAUUUCAGAAGGAAGUUUCAUAAUUUUCAACUUAAAAUAAUGCAUGUCUUUUAAAAACCAUAAUGAAAAUGAAGUAAAAUUGCUUAGGUGAGUCUGACUUUGAAUAUUAGAAAUAUUUGCUUUAAGAAAUGACAGUGAACAGUUUAAGACUUGUUUUUAAAUUAUUUAAAAGUAGAUAAUUAUUGAAGAAUAAUACUGAUAGGUGCCCAAUUUCAUUUACUAAAAUGAAUCCAGAAAAUACAGGAUUUUAUUUUUAAAAGGUCUUUUUGCUGAUUUACCACAAAUGAACUUGCUUUUCAAACUGAAGGUGAUAGGGACAAAGGACAUUAGGACUUUGAACAUUUUAAAUGAGUUCAAUCGCUGAAAUGUGAGGAAAACUUUUUAUAAAACUUUUGUUUUAUGGAUUUCACUUUAGGAUAUUAAAAAAUACUAUAAAGUUGUCAAUACCUGGCUCAUCAGUAACAUUGGGUUCAGGGGAAUUUGGUACUUUGUAAUUCAUGAAAAUUGCAUUUUGGGGAUUACUUUUGGUUUUUCUUUGGGGGGAGAUAUUUUACACUGGUUCAGAGUAUAGAUACCACAGGUUGUUUCCAGUGGGCAUUGUUAUUAGCCUUUCAGAAUUCCUUCUGUACCUAAAAAUUAAUGGAUUUAGAUCUUUAGUUUCUUUGUUACCUAUAAUAUACUAUUAUUGCCAAUUUACUGUAUUUUGAGCCUAAAAUCUGAGCCCAUGUCCUCCAACAGGCAUGACAUCUUUUGUCCCUUUGCCAGAAAACUUAAAAAGUACUGUAUUUUCUCUGUUUAUUAUUUUGAAGUAUCUGAAAUGCAAUUUACAACACUGUUUCAAAGCACUUUACAUAAGAUAAUAUUUGUACAAUAUAUACGUUUUUUCUUCUAGCCUUCUCCCAUCACUCACUAAAAAAAUUCCUUUGAAACAUAUUUUGUUUUAUUUGUUGGGCGGGGGGGGUUGUUUUGUUUUGUUUUUUGGUACAGGGACUUAUUGCCCAGAAUGGUUUCAAACUCCUGGGCUCAAGCAAUCCUCCCACCUCAGCCUCCCCAGUGGCUGGUACUAUAUAGGGACAUACCACUGUAGCCAGCUAUGUUUGUUUUUUUUACAUUGAAGUUUCACUGAACAUGGUCGGGAACAUGGGCAAGAGAAGAAAGCAGUAUGGCGUAGAUGGUAAAAUCUUGAUUGAUAUCUGCUUGCUCAGUAUAAAAACACCUUCGGUUGUCUAUCGUAACUGCACAAAUUCAUGUGGGAAACUUUAGGGAGCAACUGUGGAUGCCAUGUACCUAGUUACUGUUUUACCUGUUUCCAGUCACUCAGUCUCACACAUAUAAAGCCCUUAAUUUAAAUCUAUUUGGACAGGCAUUUUAAAAAGGAAAAAUAAUUUUUUCUAAAAUACAAACUUUACCUGGUGAGUGAUUUCUUUUUUGUAAAGUGCUCUUACACUAUUCAGAAUUGCUAGUUUAUGAUUGAUUAACUUGGAAGAUAGUUCUACUUUGCUUGCUGACAAGUUGGUAUACCAAAUUCUAAUUGUAAGAAACCUCUUGCUUAGAAUUUUAAGAUAAAAGGCUAGAUGGCAAAUACUUCCUGAAAUUUGUUCUAAUUGUUUUUGUACUUCUGAGCAGAAUUCCUGAUCUUUAUUUUUUAAAAAAAGGUUGGUGUUGUUAUUUUGUUUUUUAUUUAAGCAUCAUGAAACUCAGAGACCUUUCUACACCUACCCUUGCUCUCCCUAACUGUAUGAUGAAUACUAAAUUUGGUCUCCAGUUUUCUUUAAAAUAUCCAUCCCAGGGCCGAAGAUUUAGCUCAGUCAUUCCACCACCUGCCCCGCAAGUGCAAGGACCUGAGUUUGAUCCCUGGUACCCCCCCAAAAAAAAUCCAUCCCAGCAACUGGUAAAAUUGAUUUUCAUAUGAAGAAGAGUUGAGAGAGUUGAGAGUUUCACACAACAUUUACCUAGUAUGUGUGAGGCCCUGAGUUUCAUCCCCAGAGCUGUAAAAAAAAAGAGUUGGGAGUUUAAUGUGUAUUCUUCAUGGUAAAUAUGUCUGUGUAAAGUGCUAAUAUAUGUCAUUGUAUUACAGUAUCAAGUUACUGGCAUUGAGGACCAUACAUUUAUAGUACCAUAGCUGCUAUAUUUAUUUAAGUAGAAUUUGAUAAUUACUGCACUAAACAAUAAUGAGAUGAACAGGAUUCAAGGCUAGUGUUUAGACCCUUUUUAUUGUUUUUCUAAAUCAGAGUGAAGACAUGAAAUACUAAAGUGAUAAAGGGUAAUAUCAUUUUGGUUUCAAUUUAAUAUCAGAAUAUCCUUGUUUUAGAAAUGUAAAUUUCUUACUUUUACAAUUUAAGAAAGGAUUCGUUGGGCCUGGGAUUAAUUCAGCGGUGCCAUGCCUACCUCGCAAGUGCAACGUCCUGAGUUUGAUCCCCAGUACCAGAAAAAAAGGGGGGGGGUUCCUUGGCCUUCUCAGUACUGGUGUUUGGCACAUUUUCACAGAAAUACAAAUGCCCUUUCUUUCUUUUCCCCCUUUCUUUUUAAUAAUUACCCUUAACAAGUUUCUUAGAAAAACUAGCCUAUGCAAACAGUCCUGUUUAUAAUCUAUUAAUUUACUUCUCUUCCUAGAAGAAAUUCUAGAAAGAUUCUGGUAGGAAUUUCCUGGGUGUUUUGGAAGACCAUCAGUAUAAAUUCAACAGGGACAGCCAGCCUUCUAAAGACCAGGACUAGUUUUCCAAGCUAGGUUCUCUGUGACCCACCUCAGCCUAAGAUUAACUUGUGUCUUCUCUAAUGGAUCUUAGGGAGACAGACUCAAUAGACUUAGAGUUAUGGCAAGACUUAAGAUAUGUCUAGGGGGAAAAAAAAAAAAAAGAUGUGUCUAGGGAAACAAAAGCUAAGCUGCCAUUCAGUAGAAAGAGCUGGCAAAUGAUCUCUGUCAGAGGAGAGGGUGAGCACUCAGCCAGGAUUAGGUCAGAAGUCCAGAAUUAGAGACUGUUGUCCAAAAAACAUGAUAACUCUUUUCAGAGGUUUGCAUCACUUUGCCAAAGGAAUGGUUUUUAGAAAAUUUACCUGAACAUGGAUAGACUGUUUUGUAGUCUUCCUACUUCAAAAUUGAUGGUAAUGUUUUGCCAAGUUAAAUGGACAACUCUGCAUAACUUUCAUUCAGUAUCAUUAAACCUUAGUUAAAUGUUUCCUUAACUCAUCCUCUUAGAUUUUCUCCUGUUGGAGAGAAAGACUACCCUUAACAGUUUCUUGCUACUUAAAUUACGUUUCAUGUGUUCAUCAAGCUGUAAAAAGAUAUCAGUCAGUCCAGUAUCUUUAUUUUGGUUUUUUUACCCAUUUGAAAUAAAAGUCUUUUUUGAAAAUCUGUGGAUGUUUUAAAACUUCAGUAAUAGUAGUUUGGAGACUGAUAUCACAUAAGGCCUUCCUGAGUAGCAGUAUAACCCUGAUGUAGGGAAUGUUUUCCUGUUUCCCUUGCAUUUGAUCAUAUAAAGAAAGCAUUUUCGUGAGUCUAGAGGUCAAAAAAUAACCCAAGAAUAAAUAUGUAAGAAUCAGUACAGAAAUCAGAAAGAAUUUUCUCCAAAAACAUUUUACAUUUCUGCUUAUACUAAGAACAUUCUUCAAUGACAGUGACAGAAAGGAUGCCAUGAGUGAUUAAAAGAAAGCCAAAGCUGAGUCCUGGAGUCGAGAGGGGAAAUAUUUAUGUGUGUAUGUAUAUGUAUAAACAUACAUAUAUAAUAGAUAUAACUAUAUGUCUACGUUUCAUAUAAAAAGGAAAAUAUUGUUACUUUUUUCCUACUUUAAAAAUGGUACAUUUAAUCUUAUAAUUUUUAUGUCUGCAUAAUUUUUUUAAUGAUCAAGGCUUGUGCUAAUAGCCACAGCUAGUUUAAAUUUGUUUUACUUUACCCAUCAAAAAUAGUGCUCUAGGGCCAGGGAUUUAGCUCAGUGGUGCCGCCACCUGCCUUGCAAGUGCAAGGUCUCGAGUUCGAUCCCUGGUACCAAAAAAAAAAAAUAGUGCUCUAGAUUUUUACAUUGUUGACUAAAUAUCAAGAAUCUUUUGGGCCGGGGAUUUAGCUCAGUGGUUCCGGUGCCUGCCUUGCAAGCACAAGGUCACAAGUUCAAUCCCCGGUACCCCCCCCAAAAAAAGAAUCUUUUGUUCUUAAAGUAUGAAAGUUAAAGAUUUUAAUUUGAAUUAAAGAUAAAAAAUUUAAUAUGGAGGGUUGAGAUGAAAAACCCUGUCAAGUAACAAAGCAUCGAUCCAGCCAUUGGGUUCCCAUCCUUUUUAAAACUGAUGUCUGAAGUAACCAAAAUCUGAUCUCAUAUUCUAUGUUAGGGUUUCAGUAAAGCAAAGAUUUUUUUCAGGAUAGACUCUGAAUUAAAUUUUUAAAACAUUUUUAAAAGCAAGGUGGUUCUUAGAAAGUGCCUUUUCAGAAGAUGGUGCUGUAGAUUUUUUAUUUUUCAAAUAGCAUGAGGCUAAAAAUUUUAAAGAUAAAUUAUUUUAGAAUUUCAAGAGUAUGACAGUUUCAUAUAAUGUUAUUUGUUGGCUUGAAUCUGGUCAAGGGAACCAAUGAAAGCUUUUAUGUAGUAAAGAACCCAGGUAAACGCUCACCACAUUUAUUUUGUAAAUUUGAAAACAAUUUUUUUUCUGUUCUGGGGAUUGAACCCAAGGCCUUGUUUAUACUAGACAGGCAAUCUACCACUGAGCUAUAUUCCCAGCCCUGAAAACAAAAAUUUUUGACAGUUAAACCUUUUUAUUCUCUGCUGAGUUCAAGAUAAUCUAUAAAGUAGUGUAUAAAGGCCAUAGUCUACUUAACUUUUUAACAAGAUAAUUGCUAGUAGUAGCAGAUAUCCCAAGGGAAAGUACCUUGCCAGGAAUUGUUUUUUGUUGUUGUUGCUUUGUUUUGUUUUUUAAGCACAGAUUGCCCCAGGCCUAAACUUUUCUAAUUAGUCUUUAGUAACCAAGAGUUCUAAUAAAAGGAGAACUAAAUCUUCAUUGAGUUACAAGAGAACACAAAUAAUUAUAUCUUUUAUUUUUAGGGCAAUUUUCUCUUUUUAGACAUUAAAGAAUGUUUUAAAUGAUAAUUUCUUUUUCUGUGGUGAGAGAACCAUGAAAAAUGACAACAAUACAUUUAAAAGGGCAUCAGCUAAUUAAAAAUAGAAUAUAGGACCAAGAUAUAUUAUGUAAAGGUACAAAUUCCCAAUAAUGAAUGUCAGCAUAUUGUGUACCUAAAAUGUACCAAUAAAAUGAAUGAAAAGAAAUAGAAUAUAGGACUGGGGAUAUGCCUCAGUGGUAGAGUUCAUGCUUAGCAUGUUCAAGGCCCAGAUUCAUUCCAUGGCACUGAGAGAGAAUAUGCAAUUUUUGCCUUUGGAGAAGAUAAACAAAAGAAAAAAAAUAGAACCAUUCAUGCUUAGUAGAAACACAGUUACCUACCAGAAAGCAAUUUCCCCUGUAAUAGGUAGCAGUAAACAUCAGUAAAUGAUCACUUAACCAGUUCUUGCUUUUGUGAGUUUGGUGAGCAUUACUCCAGAAAAUAAAUAGACUAAAGCAAAAACACCACACCUCAGUAACCUUGUAUGCUGCAUUAUGUAAUGGUAGUAAAACUAUAGUGAUUGUUUGGUGUGUACUGUGUCUAUUUGCAAAUAAACAUGCACAUUAAAUUUUUUCAUUUUUAUAAUGUCUUGAUAGCAA